GGCAGAUAGAGAGGGCAGCGGCGAGGGCUGGCUGUACGACCCUCUUUUGGGGGGUCCGAUUAUAACAAAAAUAUUACACACAUGCUUGAACGCCCCAGCCGCAUGAUAGGCCAUAUGUGGAUAAUAAUAGGUAUUUUUAGAAAGCAUAUAGCUUCUGACUCUAUAUUUAAAAUGCCUAUUUUACUUUUCCUGUUAGACACGUCCGCGUCUAUGAAUCAGCGCACUUAUUUGGGUACGACAUAUCUGGACAUUGCUAAAGGCGCGGUUGAAAUCUUUAUGAAGCUGCGUGCUCGAGACCCGGCUAGUAGGGGCGACAGGUACAUGCUAGUUACAUUCGAUGAUCCACCAUACGGAGUAAAGGCCGGCUGGAAGGAGAACCACGCCACCUUCAUGAGCGAGCUGAAGAACCUGCAGGCGUCUGGCCUGACCACCCUGGGCCACGCUCUGCGCACCGCCUUCGACCUCCUCAACCUCAACCGCCUCGUCUCGGGCAUCGACAACUACGGGCAGGGUCGUAACCCGUUCUUCUUGGAGCCCUCUGUGAUCAUCACUAUCACUGACGGCAACAAGCUGACUCACAGCUCUGGGGUUCCGGAAGAGCUGCACCUGCCGCUGAACUCCCCCCUGCCAGGCAGUGAGCUGACGAAGGAGCCCUUCCGGUGGGACCAGCGGCUGUUCGCCCUGGUUCUGAGGCUCCCGGGGGCCGCCACGCCUGACAGCGAGCAGCUGGGCAGCGUCCCCACGGACGAGUCUGCCAUCACGCAGAUGUGUGAGGUCACCGGAGGACGCUCCUACUGCGUGCGGACCCAGAGGAUGUUGAACCAGUGUCUGGAGUCUCUGGUGCAGAAGGUCCAGAGCGGGGUGGUCAUCAACUUUGAGAGGAGCGCCUCCGAUCCGCCCGUAGCGGGGGAAGAUGGCUCCGUAGAGUCAAGCCGAUCUGUAUCGUUAUUCAACUCACAACCUUGGCACAGCUGCCACAAGCUCAUCUACGUGCGCCCGAACCCGAAGACCGGACUGCCCGUGGGCCACUGGCCCAUCCCAGAGUCCUUCUGGCCAGAACCCAACUCUCCAGCUCUGCCGCCCCGCUCUGCCCACCCCGUGGUGCGCUUCUCCUGUGCCGACUGUGAGCCCAUGGUGAUCGACAAGCUGCCCUUCGACAAGUACGAGCUGGAGCCCUCGCCCCUCACGCAGUACGUGCUGGAGAGGAAGGCCCCGCACAUGUGCUGGCAGGUGUUUGUCAGCAGCAGUGGGAAGCCCAGCGACCUGGGCCAACCCUUCGGCUACCUUAAGGCCAGCACCACGCUGACCUGCGUCAACCUCUUCGUCAUGCCUUACAACUACCCGGUGCUUCUGCCCUUACUCGAUGACUUGUUCAAGGUACACAAGCUGAAACCCAAUCUGAAGUGGCGCCAGGCGUUGGAGAGCUACCUGAAGACGAUGCCUCCUUACUACCUCAUGCCGCUGAAGAAGGCAUUAAGGAUGAUGGGGGUGCCCAACCUCAUCGCCGACAACAUGGACUGUGGCCUCAGCUACAGCGUUAUCGCCUACCUGAAGAAACUCAGCCAACAGGCCAAGAUGGAGUCGGAGCGUCUGAUCGUGUCGGUGGGCAAGAAGGCCCCCCAGGAGACUGGGAUGAAGGUCCGGAGCCUCUCCAGCUCGCUGUCCCUGGCCCACCACCGACGGGACUUCAAGCAGCUCCUCCAGGGCCUAGCCGGGGAGUCCCCCCUGCACCUGGCCGACGUCAACCUCAAAGAGUUUGCCGGCUUCCACAUCGCACUGCUUAACAAGAGUCUGAAGCCUCAGUCGUACAGGAACGCAUACGACAUCCCGAGGAGGAAUCUGUUGGACCAGCUGAGCAGAAUGCGCUCCAAUUUGCUCCGGAGUACGCAGAAGCUGAUCAGAGGUCAAGACGAAGAUUAUCUGCACAGUAUCCCCGUGGCUCAGAUGGGGAACUACCAGGAAUACCUGAAGAUGAUGCCGUCGCCGCUGAGAGAGAUGGACCCCGACCAGCCCAAGCGCCUGCACACGUUCGGCAAUCCCUUCAAACAGGACAAGAAGGGCAUGAUGAUCGAUGAGGCGGAUGAGUUCGUGGUCGGCCCGCAGAGCAAGAAGAGGGCGGGCUCAGGAGACCUCAGCUCCGGCGUGGCGCUCAAGAAGAGGCGCAGCGUGUCCCCGUUGCUGCGGCGACCGCAGACUCCGCCCCCCGUUGCCAACCACGUGGCGGGAAAGCCCUUGCCGGGGGUUCUGUCACCGCAGAGCCCAGCCAAGCUCCUCCCCCAACACAAAGAUGGCUCCGGCGUGGGGCUCCCUGAGAGCAACGGGGAGGGGGCCGCCCUGCUGCCCGAGCUGGCGCUCUCCUGGCCCAGCGAGGUGGACGGACUGUCAGGGAGCCCCGCCGUCCUGCCCCAGGAGGGGGGGGGCGGGCCUGGGGCCAGGCCCAGACCGGCACACCCUCCAGGGGGGACGGACGAGGCCGUGCAGGAGGACAAGGACCCUGCGGAGGAGGAGGAGGAGGAGGAGGAGGAGGAGGAGGUGCAGGAGGAGGAGAGUAAUGGCGGUCUGGUGGAGGAGAAGCAGAGCUGCGACGCGCUGAGUCCGCCGGGUCACGACGGACAGUCGGAGGGCCCCGGAGGGGACGCUGCGGUUCUGGAGACGAUAAUCAUCCCCCCGCUGGACUGCAGCCAGGCCGAGCUACGGACACGGGUCGUCAAGGAGGUCCGGAAACCUGGGCGCAACUUUGAAGCAAUACUCAGACUCCUGGAGGAAGUGAGGGGGCCGGUGCAUGUCCAGAAGUACCUGAUCCACCAUGCCAUCAAAGAGGCUGCAAGGUUCAAGAAGCGUGUCUUGAUCCAGCAGCUGGAAGACACCCUGGUGGAGAUGGACGAGAAGCAGGCAUCAGGCCAACAGCUCCACAACGACCACGGCAGAUAGUGAAGAGACUGUGGAAAUAACUGGCAUCUGCCAAUAACAACACAUGGGAGGCUCAAG